AUUGUUAAAAGUAUGUUGAUGACGACAAAUACUGGCAGUGAGUCAAGUCAAUUUUGAGGGCCGAGCAACACUAGAUUAGAUCACCAAUUUCAAGUAUCGUCAAAAUCUGGAGCACUUCAUUAACUUGGGUUGGGUCUCCUUCAAAUUUAUACUCAGUGAAUCAUGGACAUCAGUAGCUUAAAUCGCGAAGAGCUUACGAUGCUGGGAGCUGGUGCUUGCACUAUGCUUACUCUGCAUUUUUCAUCCCAACUUGCUUCACAGCAUCUUUAUUACUGGAAAAAUCCAAAGCAACAAAGCGCCAUUAUGAUAAUUAUUCUUAUGGCCCCGAUUUAUGCUGUUUAUUCUUUUGUGGGUGUGCUGGAUCUCAAGAGUAGCAAACCGUUUCUCCUGCUUUUGGAUCUGAUUAAAGAAUCUUACGAGGCAUUGGUUGUUGUUAAGUUUCUUGCUUUACUUUAUAGCUAUGUGGAUAUGGAUGUUAGCAAAGAUAUAGUUCCUGAUGGAAUCAAGGGAAGGGAAAUUCGUCUUGGGUUCCCGAUGACUAUUUGGCAACCUCGUGCAAUUUAUAUGAAUCACCAAACGUUGAAGCUUCUGAAGUACUGCACUUGGCAGUUUGCUGUCACACGACCCACAUGCUCAAUUCUCAUGAUUGGUUUACGGUUACUUGGAAUGUAUCCUAGUUCGGUCAGCUGGGCAUUCACUGUUAUCCUUAGCAUGUCAUUUUACGUGGCUUUGUAUUCUUUACUAGUCUUUUACCAUGCUUUUGCAAAGGAAUUGAAGCCUCACAAGCCAGUAGCAAAGUUUUCAUGCAUCAUUGGGAUCAUCUUCUUCGGUUUUUGGCAGGGGGCACUUAUCGAGUUGUUAGUAAGAUCAGGUGUCAUAAAAUCACAUCAUUUCUGGCUGGAAGUAGAGCAUGUUGGGGAAGCGAUUCAAAAUGUUGUGAUCCUUGUUGAGUUGGUUCUAUUUUCGGUUUUCCAACAAUACGCAUUUCACUUUGAAUCGUAUAGUGGAGAUGUCCAGACGAUGCUGCAAAAGGGGAAAAAGAAGGAGUGAUCUUUCUCUCUGUUCAUCAUUUUGGUGUUGUAGAGUAUGUGAACUUUCCUGUUAACACAUAGCCUCGUUUGGUUAACAAACAAUCAAAUUUUAAAUAACAAUUUUGGGACCCAUGUUGACCUGCUUAGAUAUGUAAUUAUUGAAACAUUCGUAAACAGGUAAUUAUCGUGUAUACCUGUUAACAAAAUAUUUCGUGUUUGUGUAUGAAAAACUGGACACGAAACCUUAUCGUGUCGUGUUCGUGUA